CUACAAUUCCCUGCGUGCCCGCUGCGGUGAUGGUUUAGCUCUGUGAGCCAUGCUUCCUGCCCCGGUCAUUGUUACUGGAGAGCGUAGACCGGGAGGGAAUGAGUGAGAACGAGGAGUGUGGGAACCAGACGAGCUCCGGGUGUCCCAGUUUAGAGCAGAUGCUUGCUUUGAGCCCUGGGAAGACCCCAAUCAACUUACUGCAGGAGUAUGGGACUCGGAUAGGAAAGACCCCUGUAUAUAACUUACUGAAAGCUGAAGGACAAGCACACCAACCCAACUUCACAUUUCGCGUAUCUGUUGGAGACAUCAACUGCACUGGUCAGUCCCCUGGGUCAUCCAGUCUUCGAGGUGAAAUGCCCGUAUCACGGAUCCACUGUGCUGUCUAUAUGGUGUCCAUUCUGUCUUGGAGGGAUUUUCCAUCCAGUGACUCCAAUUUUACAGCAUUUACUGAAUAG